AUGGCAGCCUGUGUGAAGACCAAUAAGUCCCACGUCAUCUUCAAGAAGGUCUCUCGGGACAAGUCGGUGACUAUUUACCUGGGGAAGAGAGACUAUGUUGACCACGUCAGCCAAGUAGAGCCUGUAGAUGGUGUUGUAUUGGUGGAUCCCGAGCUUGUGAAGGGGAAGAAAGUGUAUGUCACUCUGACUUGCGCCUUCCGCUAUGGCCAGGAGGACAUUGAUGUGAUUGGCCUGACCUUCCGCAGGGACCUGUACUUUUCUCGGGUCCAGGUAUACCCUCCCGUCGGGGCCAUGAGUGCCCCUACCCACCUCCAGGAGAGCCUGCUCAAGAAACUGGGAGACAACACGUACCCAUUUCUGCUCACGUUUCCUGACUACCUACCCUGUUCGGUGAUGUUGCAGCCAGCUCCACAAGAUGUAGGGAAGAGCUGUGGGGUCGACUUUGAGGUCAAAGCAUUUGCCACAGACGUCACAGAUGGUGAAGAGGACAAGAUCCCCAAGAAGAGCUCUGUGCGGUUACUGAUCCGCAAAGUGCAGCAUGCCCCUCCUGAGAUGGGUCCCCAACCCUGUGCUGAGGCAGCCUGGCAGUUCUUCAUGUCUGACAAGCCCCUGCAUCUCUCAGUCUCCCUCAGCAAAGAGAUAUAUUUCCAUGGGGAACCCAUCCCUGUGACUGUGACAGUGACCAAUAACACAGAGAAGACUGUGAAGAAGAUUAAAGUAUUAGUGGAACAAGUAGCCAAUGUGGUUCUUUACUCGAGUGAUUAUUACGUCAAGCCUGUGGCCGCAGAGGAGACACAAGAAAAAGUGCAGCCAAACAGCACUCUGACCAAGAUGCUGGUGCUCGUGCCCCUGCUGGCCAACAACAGAGAGAGAAGAGGCAUUGCACUGGAUGGGAAGAUCAAGCAUGAGGACACAAACCUGGCCUCCAGCACCAUUAUCAAGGAGGGCAUCGAUCGGACCGUCAUGGGCAUCCUGGUGUCCUACCAUAUCAAGGUGAAGCUCACAGUGUCAGGCUUUCUAGGAGAGCUCACAUCCAGUGAAGUGGCCACUGAGGUGCCGUUUCGCCUCAUGCACCCACAGCCCGAGGAUCCAGCAAAGGAAAGUGUUCAGGAUGAAAAUUUGGUUUUUGAGGAGUUUGCUCGCCAAAAUCUGAAAGAUGGUGGAGAGAACACAGAAGUGAAGAAAGAUGAGGAGGCAGUCCAGGAUGAGUGAAGAGUUAGCCUAGUUGCCUAAAAAUGGCUUGUAGUUCUGGGUGCCUUGAGCGAAGCCCCAGGAACCUUUCAGAGUUAUGCUAGAUGGAUACGAAAGCCCAAGUGUUCCUCCCAGAAAUAAAGUCUGUGGACCCUC